UUCGUGAAAUUUCAUUUUAAGAACUAUUAUUAUUCUGGAUCUGAGCCUAAAGAAUUCGUGGUCGCACUUUUCAAAACCAAGGAAACAGCAACAUAUCGAGGAAUUCAAGACGCAGAUCAUAGAGACUCUCGAGUUUCUUCGCACGUCCAUGACACAGCAGCUGCGCAAGAAGGUAUUGUGUUAUUUUCAAAAGGAAUUCAUCAGGAUAUCACGGCGAUUAUAUACAUGUUCAAAAGCAGCAGAUAGUGGUAGCUGAAAAAUGAGCUUUUUUCGUGAAUACAGCCUUGCGUGGAAUUGAAUCUAUUGAAAAUGGCGACACGGAGAUCACGGUUGCAACCGACUAUUCAACAUACAUCGUUUGUAUUGAUUGUAUUAUUUUUAAAGGGAUUCAGUGGAUCGGAGUCGCAAUCGCUUAAUUGUGAAAGUGGAAAUAAGUUGAGAGCCAACAAACGAAAGUCGAAAACUCGGUAGAAAUAACAAAAUUCGUCGCAAUACCACAAGUAGCCUACAGUAGAUGUGUAUAUAUUAUAAUUUUUUAAUAUUAGGUAAUGCUUUUGUGUUUUGCCCUCUGGCAAUAAUGAAUUUCCAGCCUGUAAAGCAUCAGAUAUAAUGUUUAGAAUCAGAGGUUGGUGUACGUUACCUUGUAUAAAGUGAAUUAUCGCGGAUUCUUUUUGAGCAACGAGUCCAGUGAGAUGACAAUAGUGAUAAAACUUCUACUUCUGCUGUACGUGUGUAUGGCGCACGGAUACAUGUGGGGACCAGAAGACACUGCGUGUGAUUUCAUGAAGCCGCUUUUACCCCCUUUUGCCAAGGAUUUUGCAAAUCUUCGAUAUUAUCGAAUUGUUGUGAAUAAAUAUAGAUUCUUACCGGGAGAAAAACUUUACAUUCGGAUCCAAGGAAAAACUGGCGAUGACCGAUAUACAUACCAGGGGGCAAUGCUAACGAGAUUAAAGAAAUCGGGCAGAAUAAAAAUGAAGAAUAAAAGUUAUUGGCUCUUGCUCGGAUUAAUUGCAGAUAUAUAUAUUCCGACUUCAGCACAAGGCAACUGUCAGGUGACAAAUAAUCUAAGUGGGAAAGUAGGAUAUAUCAACUCGCCAGAAGCAAGCGGAAAACACAUUCAAAACUGCGUGUGGACGUUUCCCGAAAAUAUUGACAAAAAUAACGAUAUGAUUGUUUUACAAGUUAAAGAAAUGGGAUUAAUAUACUUGCAUGAGUCAACUACUUGGUGGUGUACUGGGGAGCUAGAUUUACAAGGGCAAAACAUUUGCGAUUUUACUCAAGGUGUUUGUUUCAUAUUUUCACGAAUAUACAAAACCUGUGAACUUUUAUCGAAUGUAACUUCAACUUGCAGUCAAACAAUUUGGGUGUUGGGGAACGCUACAUAUCCACCCAAGCUUACAUUCAAAAACAAAGGAAAGUAUUACGAGAGUAAACACAAUUUUCGAAUAAAGUACACCUAUGUGGACUGUAACAAUUACAUCACCACCACCAGAACACCGGUUUCAACAACGGUCAGUGUAGCUGCGACAUCGACGGCAGCUGACAACCCAACUUAUGAGACUGGCUCUUUCAACAACAGCACUUAUGGAUCGAAAUUUGAAACGACCAUUCCCGGUGGCACUAAAGACCGGUUUAACCAAGCAAAAGAAGCUAACUACAUUACAUUAGUGAUUGUUCUUGGAUGUUUUUGUGGCAUUUUGACAGUUUUGUUGAUGUAUACAACAGUAAGAUUAAUUAAAUAUCGAUCUGCUUCGGGUGCAAAUGAGGGUAACUCCAUCAACGAGAAUGAAGUUGCUGGAGCUGAAGAUCUGCAAGAGAUGCCAGUGUACAGCACGGUUAACAAUAUUUUAACUCAAUUAAAAAAGUCUGACGAAAGGAUUAUGGUAGACAACCAGCUAUAUUCUUCUUUAUAAACUACGUUUUUGAAAAGGCGGAAAUAUUGACGGUUAGUCAGUACACAUUGGUGCGGUAUUAAACCGUUGUUAAAUUUAGUUGCCAUUGGAUCAAACUUGAAUCAGAUUUCUGCAAUGUCGAUAAACUUUUCCGAAGUGAAACGGUCGAAGCUAGAUGCACUGUAAGGUAAAGAUACACUUUUUCAUCAAGCUAUUGAUAUAUAUAAUCAUUGACAUAUUGUUAUUUGAUAUUUGUUCAAUUUUUUAUUCGGUUUGAAAUUUGUGUCCAAAAUAUAUACAGUUUACCAGGUAAAAAAUUAAAUAGGGUUGAAUAACUGUAUUUUUCCGGAUUUGAAACAUUCUGCCUCUUCAAUCUUCAAAACGAAAUAUGCUAAUUUAGAUAAAUUGAACAGUUUUUAAUGUAAUGUAGCCUUUGAUUUAAAAUAAAAUAUCUAUAUAGAGCCAUGCUAAUUUAUCUGAGCAAUAACGAAUCUAAGAAAUAUUAUAUUUUUACUGUCGUGUCUUUUUAUCGUAUACCCCUUUAUUUCAAUUAAUAAAAUUAUAAUUUUAUUCCUCAGCAACUAAUCCACGCUCCCCGACCUCUCGCGGUUAGAAACAAAUAUUUUGACCUCAGGUUUUCCGGUGUCAGGACGUUUUAUUACAGUUGAGUUUCUUAAAAUGUUUUUAAAUCAAUCAACUCGCAAUCAUUCUCCUUGGGUGAUUAGAGUAUGUAUCUUGCCUGUAAAUAAAAUUUUGUAUAUGACGGAAUUAAAAGAUUUAUAUAUGUCGUCAUGAUA